AUGUCUGAGUACCUCCACCUAGUCCAGCAAAAUCGCCUGCCUCAGAGCUACGCCUACGCCUCACGCGUAGGUUUCUCACCGGGUCUGAUAGGAGGCGAGUGCGCUUCUGUAGUCCUUCCUCCAGUCCAAUUACCUGGACGUUCCCGUCUGAAGCUCUGGUAUAGACUUACCCGUGAUAGGUGGAUCAAGGCCAUUAUGCGGGAGCCCCAUUUGGAGGCCAUCUGCAAGCGCGGCGCCCAGUAUUGGCUGCACUGCGUCUUCCGUUGGAUGCACUUCCUUCGACAGCAAGAGAAGAUGGAUGAAGAGCGAGUGGCCACCAAUCAGGAUUUCAAAACGGCCCUACAAAAGACAAUUCUGCAGGUUUUUACCUUUCGCUUAGAGUACGUUGUGUUCUACUGUCACCUACGGCGCGUAUGGCAGGAGGGCAGGCGUGAACAGUUGAUCCUGCCCGAUCCCUAUGGUCUUUGUCCUCGUGUCUGCAGUGACCGCAGUGGGACAAGAGGGGAGGAUGACGGCGAGGUCGAACUAAACCGCGGUCUCGCCGGACCGGAGCACAGAUUGGAACAGUGUGCUCCAUCUAUUGGUCAGCCAACCAUUCUCACCUCAAGUUGCUUUCCCGACCCGCAUGUUGGAUUGCACACAAGCAUAAGCUUCUCGUGUCAGUGUCCCGCACAUAUUGAGUACAAGUGGAUGUGUGGUCCGAAAAUGUGUUCAUUUCAUCUAAACUGGCGGAUGCCCGGCUACUGGCAGGAGAUUGAUGAGGAAAUAAAACAGAGGACCACAAUGUGGAGGUUCGAUCCGCCGAGCUACUACAAAUAUCUACAAUGCAGUCGCGAGGGGACACUGGAUAUCGCCUACGUCUGCAUAAAUGACAAGGGCCAUCUCACCAGUGGAUUCGUGAAACCCCACUGCCGAAAGGCUGAGUAUUGUGUCUGCAAACCGCAAUAUUACGGAGCCCUCUGUGAUAAGAUUAAAAAUCCUUGCGAGCAGGCAAUAGGCAAUUUACCAUCGGGAGAUAUAGCCUGCAGAGUUGUCGGGGGAAACAAGUGUAUAGCGGAUAUGGGGUCGGGAAGCUACUCAUGCCAGUGUUUGUCCAGUUUCCGUCGCUUCAGAUUCACUGAAGGUCCCAUGAUGGGAAGGGAUAAUUGUGCGGAGCAGGUGGAUGUGUGUCAGAAAGCGAAAUGUCAGCAUGGAACGUGCAUAUCAGCCUCUGAAUGGAAUUCUGAGGUAGGCCGUGUGCACGUCACGGCGAAAUGCCUAUGUGAGAACGGUUGGAGAGGCCGCCUUUGCAACCACCCCUACCUCAUCAACAACUGGACUCCCUGGACUUCAUGGUCUUUGUGCCAGCCUUCAUGUCAGCAUAGCGUCUAUAGUGGUAACCGAUACAGACAUCGGAAACGCAGGUGUCUUGACCCCUACCGCGGCGACUGCCAGUUCUCGGAGAGAGAAAAUGGUCAAAAAGGGUCAAAGCGCGCAACUCCUGAGGUUGUUGAACUGAGACUCUGUCGCCCGCGCCCCUGUGAUCGCUAUCUUAAACUGGUCUCUCAAUCCAUCGAGAAUGCGCCCAUAAAUGCUAGUAGGCGGGCGGGACUGCUUGCCAAAGAGCGUCACCUCAGGACCAAAGAAGGCGACGGGAAUAAGAGAGAAACACCUGAAAAUAAGCCUAAUUCUAAUGCCAACAAAUAA